AUGAUCACAGAUAUUUACCAUCCGGGGGAAAAAAUAGAAAAUGAAUUCCUAAAGGAGAAAAUUCGAUCGAAAAUAAAUGACAUGCUAAAAUGGAAGCGCAAGGGGUUCCCAGGAAGCAAUCCAGUAUCGCUGACAAAACACAACAUCAGGAAUUUGUUCACCAAGGAUUAUUUAAUUUGCGAAAAGACCGAUGGAGUGAGGUACUUUUUAUUUAUUGCCUCCAAUACGACUUUCCUAAUUGACAGAAAUUACGAUAUCUUCAAAAAUGAUAUGCACAUUCCUACACAGGACGAUUUGCAUUCCAAGCAGCAGUUGACACUACUCGAUGGAGAAUUGGUCGAGGACACUAUUUUUAACGAAAAAAAAGGAAUUGAAGAAAAUAAAAUUGUGUAUUUGAUAUAUGACGGGCUGUUUAUUCACAGGAAGGACAUAACAGCUUUGAACUACUUGGAGAGACUGACCCAUGUUUACAAUUCUGUUAUUGUUCCGUUGAAGAAGUACAGGAGAUACAUCAAGCAAAGGAAGGGGACCGACGGGCCCACGCCUCCAGCGCACUCUGCAUUCGAAUCGGAUGAAGGAAAUGUGAACGCUUGGCAAAGUGUAAAUGUGAGCAAAAAUGUCAGCAAAAAUGUCAGCAAAAAUGUUAGCAAAAAUGUGAGCGCAAAUAGCAGUGAUAAACAGAGCCUAAGAAGAGGAGGAGUGGACCAAGUGGGUGAUAAGGACACAUCCCCCGAUCAGUGGAGCGAUCAUAACGGUACUUCUUCUCUUCCAAGAAGUGCCACUCGCUUUGGGUUAGAUGAUCAUUCAAUGCAUAGCAAAGAGGCCUACACAAAUGCACAACAUUAUGGCACACCUACCGAUGGAGAUGUGUGUGACGAAUCAGAUGAUACAAUCCCCUCCGAUGAAGGUAGUCUCCCCGAGGAAGAAAAUCUCCCAUUCGAAAUUUACUUAAAAGAUUUCUACCCAAUCUCGCAAAUCAAAGAACUCAUUCAAACUAUGAAGAAAUUGCCUCACCCAUCUGAUGGGAUUAUAUUGACCCCACUACAUUAUCCUUAUAGAACUGGUAAUUUUUUCGAGCUGCUAAAAUGGAAACCACUAAAUUUAAACACCGUUGAUUUUGGAAUUGAGACGAUAUAUGACCAGCAUAAUUUCCCACAAAAAUUUGAGCUCUUCAUUUCCAUCAGGGGGGUGAGGACGUCGUAUCGAACCUACCUUGCAGAGUAUGGGGACGUGUACAAGGAACUCCUAACCCUAGCGUUAAACAAUAAGAUUUCUCAUUAUAUUAUUGAAUGCUAUUAUGUUGCGAAAAAUAUUUUUUCCAUUUUCAAAAAUGAGAAUGGGAUGGAGGAGAAAAUCGAAGGGGGGUGGAUUGCGCAGAAAAUUCGCUUCGAUAAAAAUAUCCCCAACGACAUCUCCACGCUGAACAAAGUUAUACAAAGUAUCCUCGACAAUAUAACCAUUGACUCGCUCAUCAAGGAAAUUUCGCGCAACCGCCAGGGCAAGCGGUGA